AGUCUCUAUGAUAGAGCCGGCCUGGGAGGCUGCAACGGCAGUGGCGGCUGUGACUGGGCUGGUUUAGAUGAAGAUGAAGAUGCACAUGUCUGGGAGGAUAAUUGGGAUGAUGACAAUGUAGAGGAUGACUUCUCCAAUCAGUUACGAGCUGAACUAGAGAAACAUGGUUAUAAGAUGGAGACAUCAUAGCAUCCAGAAGUGCUGAAGCAACCUAAACUUGAACUGUUUACUAAAUUCUAGAGCAGAGAACCCAGGGUGGGACACUUAAAAAAUGUUUAUUUCAUUACCUCCUUGGAUUUAUUUUUGUUUUUGUAACAC